AUGGAUGCAGAAGAAAAGAGAAUCCGUACCUUUGUGCGAGUCAAGCCAACAGCUGAUUUUGCUGAAGAUAUGAUCAAGUUUGGGCCAGACAACAAGACUAUAGACAUUUACAUCAGAAGAGAUACCAAGAAGGGACCUGUGAACAACAGGCAGACUGAUUGGUCCUUCCGCCUGGAUGGUGUCCUCCACAACACCUCCCAGGAGCUGACUUACCAGGCUGUGGCUAAGAACCUGGUGUCUGAAGCUUUACUGGGUUACAAUGGCACCAUCAUAUGCUAUGGGCAGACUGGGGCUGGUAAAACCUACACUAUGACAGGAGCAGCAGCUGAGUACCAGCACCGAGGGAUCAUCCCCCGAGCUCUGCAGCAGAUCUUCAAAGCCACUGCCCAUUCCCUUGAUGACUGUGUCACUGUCAGAAUAUCCUACCUGGAAAUCUACAACGAGACCUUGGUUGACCUCCUGUCCGGCGUGGGCAGCGGAGGGAGCGGCGAGGUGCCCAUGGCUGUGGUGGAUUGCCCACAGGGGGUUUAUGUCAAGGGUUUGUCCAUACACUCAGUCAGCCAUGAGGAAGAUGCUCUCAAUCUUCUCUUUGAGGGUGAGACCAACAGGGUGAUGGCAGAGCACACUCUGAACAAGAACUCCUCCAGAUCUCAUUGCAUCUUCACUAUUUACAUUGAGUCUCGUUUCAGGCUGUCCUCAGGUGUCAAAUGCAUCCACUCCAAAAUCAACCUGAUUGAUCUGGCAGGCUCAGAGAGGCUGAGCAAGACAGGAUCUGAAGGCCAAGUUCUGAAGGAAGCUGCCUACAUCAACAAGUCCCUGUCGUUCCUGGAGCAAAUUGUCAUUGCCCUGGCUGAUCCCAGGAGGGAGCACGUCCCCUUCCGGCAGAGCAAGCUCACCCACGUGCUGAAGGACUCGCUGGGAGGAAACUCCAAUACUGUGCUGGUGACAAAUAUCUGUGGGGAAGCUGCACAUGUGGAGGAGACUUUGUCUUCUCUUCGUUUUGCUGCCAGAAUGAAAUGGAUCAGGACAGAGCCAGUCAUCAAUGAGGUCUGUGACCAGGAGGAGACAGUGAGGGCUUUGGAGAAGGAGAUCACCCUGCUGAAGCAGGAGCUGGCAAUACAGGACUGCUUGGCAAACCGUUUUUUGGUGAGUUAUGACCCUCUGACUGACAGCCAGAUAGCAGAGAUCAAGUCCCAGGUCCAUCAGUACCUUGAAGGAGCCAUUGAUGAAAUUGAUGUGCUGAACAUCAGGCAAGUCCAGGAGGUGUUUAAGCAGUUCAAACUGAUUCUAAGGCAACAGGAGGAUGAACUGGAGGCCAGAUUUCGAAGCAAGUACAUCCUGGUGGACAGAAAUGACUUGGCUGCCCUGACUGCUCUUCAGAAGGCAGGUGUGGUUGAUGGGGAUGACUGUUUGGUGAAGGAAGAGCAGGAACAGGCUUUUGGGACUGCAAGUGCUCUCUUUGCAUCCAGACAUCAUGGGAAGAAGAAAUCCAGGAGGUCCAAAGAGCCCAAGAAGGAAGGAAUCAGGAGCUCUCCUUCUGCCAAAGAUCUGGAUGGGUUUUCACCAACAAAAGGUCAGGUGGUAAUUUCCACCAAGGAUCUGGAUGAGAAAGAGGGAGCAAAGGAUCAGAAUGCAGCAGAUACUGGUGCAGAGCUCCCCAAGGCAGCCUCUGGGGAUGAUCUCCAGAGGCCCAGCUCCCCCCCAGCCAGGCCUGUGGCAUUUGAGCUGUUUAAGGAGGAGGAUGGGAGUGAGAUCAGCAGGAUCUUCAAGGAGAACAAAAGCAUCCUGCUGGCCAGGAGGAAGAGGAGCAGAGCCAUGGUGCAGAGGAUCAACUCCAUCAGGAGGGAGAUGGAAGGGGUGCAGAAGGCUCUGGAGGCACAGCAGCAGCUGCGCUGCAGCCAGGGAGAGUAUGUUGAUGAGGAAGGACAGACCAUAAUUGAUGAGGAGGAGUAUUUACUCAUCAUGAAGCUGAAAGAUCUGAAGGAAGAGUACAAGUCUGGUUAUGCUGAGCUGAAGGACCUGCAGGCAGAAAUCCAGUACUGCCAGCACCUGGUGGACCAGUGCAGGAACAAACUCACCUCAGAGUUUGAGAUCUGGUACAGUGAGUCCUUCCUGAUCCCCAAGGAUGUGCAGGAAGCUCUGAAGCCUGGUGGCCACAUUAGACCUGGAAUGAUUCCCAUCAACAGAGUCAUGUGCCUGGAGGAAGAUGAGCAGAACAAGUUUGAGAGGCUGCAGGAGACCAUGCUGCCAGCCUGGCCAGCUUCACUCUCCUUCUACAAGGCAAAGAUGAAGACAGAUCAGAAGCACAUCUACACCAGGACCACCUUGGCCUUCAAGCAGAUGCGGCAGAGACGUGGGCUCAUCACAGCUGCUGGGAAGAGCAAAGCCCUCUCCUUCCUGCACGCUGUGUAG